AUGGGGUACAGGCAGGGUCAGCGGCCAGGGCACAGGCAGAGGCAGGUGCACGCUGGGACGUCAGACCCUGCAAGGCCCACGGAGAGUGUCAGCUGGGAUGGGCUCCAGAUGCGUCCUCAGGACGCUGGGCAGCUCUCAGGCCAGGCUCCCCGGACUCUAGUGGGUGACGUGGUCACUCCCGAGGCACUGCUUGCCCUGGAGGUGAAGCAAAGACAGCAGGAAAUAAAACACACUGACAAGUGGCUGAAGAUGCUUGCAGACUGGACAAAAUAUGGGAGCAGCAAGAAACUGUCUCAAAACACGUACAAAGGCAUUUCCCUGGUGGUGUGGGGCCAGGCAUGGUCACUCCUGCUAGACAUUGACAAAGCGAAGGCUGAGAACCCAGGGGAAUACAGGGUCAUGAAGGAGAAGGGCAAGAGGUCCUCCAGGAUCACCCCCCACACCAAGGUAGAUGUCAGCCAUACCCUGUAGAACCACAUGACGUUUAGAGAAUGAUCUGGAGUCAGGCAGCAGGAGUUAUGUGCCAUCUUUGUGGCCUAUUCUGCAUAUAACCCUGAGGUGGGCUGCCACAGGGACCUGAGCCACGUCGCCACCAUCCUCCUCCUGUAUCUGCUGGAGGAAGAUGCUUUCUGGGUGCUGGCCCAGCUGCUGGUCGGCGAGAGGCACUCCCUGCAGGGUAGGUGGUCAGCUGCCCCCGGGGCCUUACACAGCCGUGCCAGGGGACGGCCACUCUGGUCAGUGAUCCCGACUUCCAGUCAAGGCGCUUUCCUUGUAUCCCAGCUUGUUUAG